UAUUCAAACGAUAGAAUACAUGGUAUUGUAUUAAUAUUAGAAUAUUACAGAAAGUUGGAUUUAGUGGUUAGGCUUUAAUAUUUCCUUAUUUUUCAUUCUUUUGCUAGUUUGUAGUGUAGAAUUUGUUAUAUAAGUAUAUCCUUUCCUAUAUACCUAGUUCUGUAGUGGCUAAUUAAUUGCUUGAGUAGUUGUACCUACCUAAUCCUUAGUUUUUUGGUUGAAUCUUUUUCCACCCGAAACCUCCGAUUAUAGUUUGUUGAUCUCCAAGAUGUCUCGCAAGCCCAUUCUGUCGUUAGCGACUAUUUUUACAUACUUUGAGGAAAAACGUACCAUACAAAAAGCCGAAAAUGCACUUAACAGCGGUAAUGUCCAGAAGGUGCAGUUUAUGCAGGAGAUUUCAACUGUAAAAGGGGAAGUGCUUGCAAGCAUGAAGAAGCAAGUGUACAAAGUUGAGCUUAUCAUUACUAAAGAUGGGAUAGAAUCAAGCACUUGUACAUGCCCACGUGGUUUGUAUUUAUGCCAUCACAUGGCAGCAGUAGCCCUGUUCGUGCACUACAACAUCUCCAUUACGGAUACUGCAUGUUCGUGGGUGAAAUCGGCACAAGAGAGCACUAACAAAACUGUAACCGAUUUGUUUCCCAAACCAUCGACAUCAAGAGAUUAUGUCGCUGUGGCGGAAGAGAUCUCCGAUCAAGCGGUCCAAACUUUGUACGAGGACCUGAAGUUAUGUGGGCCAACCGGAAUGGGAUGGUUGCUUGCCCCAUCUCCCGAAGAAGACACCGACAAUGUUGUUGCCAGCAUCGAAGACAUGAAAAGUUACACUUAA